GUUUUCUAUAGAAGGUAAAUAGUGUUAGCAAACCACACCUUAGCAACUGGACUUAGGAACUUAAAUCUUAUUGUAAUUUUGUCUUUAUCAAUAGGACUUUUUUGGAGAAAAAUUACGGAUAAACAAUGGCUUCUCGAGGGGCAUCAGAAACAAGCAAACUUAGGCAAAACAUGGAAGAACAGCUGGACCGGUUAAUGCAACAGCUGCAGGAUUUAGAGGAGUGCAGAGAAGAGCUUGAUGAGGAGGAAUAUGAAGAAACCAAAAAAGAGACACUAGAACAGUUGAGCGAGUUCAAUGAGUCAUUAAAGAAGUUGAUGUCUGGGAAUAUGACACUAGUUGAUGAACUGGGGGGGAUGCAACUGGCGAUCCAAGCUGCCAUCAGUCAGGCAUUCAAGACCCCUGAAGUCAUUCGACUGUUUGCUAAAAAGCAGCCGGGGCAACUGAGGACAAGACUGGCUGAGAUGGACCGCGAUGUGAUGGUUGGAAAGCUCCCUCGAGAUGUGUACACUCAGCAGAAAGUGGAGAUCCUCACAGCUCUGAGAAAACUUGGCGAGAAGCUGACAACAGAGGAUGAAGCUUUUCUUGCUGCAAAUGCUAGUGCCACUCUGAGCCACUUUGAGAAGGUGACUGCAAGCCUGGGGUCUGAGGAUAAGAUAAUGGCAUUGGCCAGUUCUGGAGUUGGGAAGACCCAGACAUAAAGGCCUAAAUGAUGUCCGUGCAUUUUACAGUAUUUGCCGUAAUUUUUUAAACAAUGGUGGCAGUUUGUACACUUAGGAACAGAAUUGUCGAAUGACAUCAUGUGGUUAUUUAACUAAAAGUAUGUACGUUGAGAUUCAUCAGACUGUUAUUUGUAUUGUGUACAUCCUAUACAUUUGGGUACAGUGAAAAAAUGUUUACAUUUUCAGUAGAAUGUCUCAAACAUUUACACAUCAUUUUAGAAUACACAGAGGUAAGAUUGUCUUUAUUCAAAAAGUUCUUGAUUUAUUUUAAACCCUCUGGUUGUAAUGUAAUUUAUUAACCUUAUCUUCAACCUGUUUGCCAAUAAGCCUUUUGGUACUAGUAUUUGAUAGUAAAAUAGACUAAUUACUAUGCAUUUUAAUUUUGUUUGUCAUUACUUUUUUAACCAGUGUGAAAUUUGUAAAUAUUUUGUAUUUGAAUAUAUUUGGUG